AGAGCCGACUUUUCGUGUCAGGAAAGAUUUUGCGCUGCCUUUAAUCUAUCAGUCCUGUACAUCACACACGCGCACGCACACAGACAGACUCUCUUUCUCUCCCCCCCCCUCCCAGAGAGAGAAGGACCAGGCAGCUGGAGAAAAAUCCUUCUGCAUCCAAGGAGACUUGAGGGUUCCAGGCCUCUGGCAUCUUCCCAAGCACAGAGAAUCUGACAACACAUUUGUACUUUUCAAUACUUCCCACCUUGUUUCUCUCCCUCUUUUUGUGGCAGGAGACACCUAAUUGCUUAAAAUAUUAUAUAUAUUUUUAUAUGUAUGUAUGUAUAUAUAUAUAUAAAAAACCUACAAGCACAGUUUCUGUGCAUUGCAUUCAGUCAUCUGCCAAACAGGAAAAGAUCUUGAAUUCUAACAGGAAGCCUUACUUUUUCUUUUCUUUUCUUUCUUUUUUCUUUUUUGUGAAACUUUUUUCCUCUUUUUUUUUUUCCUGGAGGGAGUUGCUGCAGAAGAUUUUUACCCCUCCCUUUCUCUUCUCUCGUUAGUUUGGAAGAACGAGAGGGAAUUGUGGAACUGAACAGGAGGUGGAAAUGUGACCAAAAUGCUAUCUAAUACCAGGGAACCUACUUCUUCAAAGAAUUCUGCUUAUGGGAAGGUUGAGUGGCUUGGAUUGUAUUUUUUUUUCAAGUAAUAAUUCCUCUCUCUUUUGGAUUUAUAAAUAUAUUUUGAUCUUGAAAUGGGAGAAGCAUCUCAGCCCUGGAUUGGCUGGCGUGUUUCCCCAGGGAUGCAUCUGGAAUAGAAGAUUGAAGACGUGAAUAUUAUCUUUUGGGUGUUUUUUACUUUAAGCAAAAACACUGGUGGCCAACUCGUCCUGCUUGGCGGAUUCCCCAGCCGCUUUUGGAUUCCCUAAAUACCUCCCCAAUAGGGAUUGAGAGAGAUCAGAAAACAGAAAACAACCAGACAAACCUCCCCUCAUCCCUCUGGAUUCGUCACCACUGUAGGAUUUUGUUGUUUGGUCCUUCAUAAACCAAACUUUUGCCCUGCUUCUCUCCUUCCCACCCACCCCCCACUACCCCCACCUCCUUUACCCUCUUGUUCUGCUUGGAGAAGAUGUACGAGAGUGUGGAUGUAGCUGGCUUAAACAGCAGUCCUAACCCCUUCUUCAUGAUGGAUUUUUACAACCAGAACCGUGCGUGCUUGAUCCAGGACAAAGGACCCGGGAACCCCAACCCUUACAGCACCCCUGUCCGUAACCAGCAUUGGAACAGUUCCAACCACUCCAUUGAAACGCAGAGCACCAGCUCGGAAGAGAUUGUGCCCAGCCCUCCUUCGCCACCCCCACUGCCCCGAAUCUACAAGCCCUGUUUUGUAUGCCAGGAUAAGUCAUCCGGCUACCACUAUGGUGUCAGCGCCUGUGAAGGAUGCAAGGGUUUCUUCCGCCGCAGCAUCCAGAAGAACAUGGUGUAUACCUGUCACCGCGACAAGAACUGCAUCAUCAACAAAGUGACGCGGAACCGGUGUCAGUACUGCCGCCUACAGAAGUGCUUCGAAGUUGGCAUGUCCAAGGAAUCUGUCCGGAAUGAUAGGAACAAGAAGAAGAAAGAUGCCCCCAAACAGGAGUGUUCAGAGAGCUACAUCAUCACGCCCGAGGUGGAGGAUCUCAUCGAGAAAGUGCGCAAGGCCCACCAGGAGACCUUCCCUGCCCUCUGCCAGUUGGGCAAGUAUACCACGAACAACAGUUCGGAUCAGAGGGUGUCUCUCGACAUUGACCUGUGGGACAAGUUCAGUGAGCUGUCGACAAAGUGCAUAAUCAAGACAGUUGAAUUCGCCAAGCAGUUGCCGGGUUUCACCACUCUCACUAUCGCUGACCAGAUCACGCUCCUCAAAGCUGCCUGCCUUGAUAUCCUCAUCCUGCGGAUAUGCACACGCUACACCCCAGAGCAGGACACCAUGACCUUCUCAGACGGCCUGACGCUCAACCGCACUCAGAUGCACAACGCAGGCUUUGGGCCCCUCACGGAUCUGGUCUUUGCCUUUGCCAACCAACUGCUGCCGCUCGAGAUGGACGAUGCUGAAACAGGACUCCUCAGCGCAAUCUGUCUUAUAUGUGGGGAUCGGCAAGAUCUGGAACAGCCGGACCGAGUGGACAAGUUGCAGGAGCCACUCCUGGAGGCCCUGAAAAUUUAUGUGAGGAAGCGAAGGCCUAGCAAACCCCACAUGUUCCCCAAAAUGCUGAUGAAGAUCACAGACCUGCGAAGCAUCAGCGCAAAGGGUGCUGAAAGAGUGAUCACACUGAAGAUGGAGAUACCGGGAUCUAUGCCACCACUCAUCCAAGAGAUGUUGGAGAACUCUGAGGGCAUGGACACCUUGGGGGCCUCAGCAGGGGCCCCCUCCCGCAUAGGCAGCCUAGCCCCACCUCCAGGCAGUUGCAGCCCUAGCCUUUCACCCAGUUCCAACAGAAGCAGUCCUGCCACACAUUCGCCAUGACCAUGCCGGCCACCAGAAGAAGCUGCUUGACCCUCCUCCCGCACACUUUGGUCUUUUGUUCCCUGGGAUACCUGGACAGAUGGCGAAGGAGCAGGGUGAGGGUGGGGUGAGGGGGAAGCAGAGGGAUGGCAUGCCGCUGCAAGCGUUCUCCCCCUGCCCCGCCCCUGCGCCGUGUGGCCAUGGUUGGGCCCAAGAGGGUGGGCUUCAAGUACUGUUCCAUACCAGCACACUUUCUUUUCACAGAUCCAGCAAAACAGGGUUCCGCUCCCAUUUUUCCCUCCGGGGAGAUGCAGAAUCGUAUACAGGAAGUUCUAAACUCUUUGCAGACUGACAAGCAGGUCUGAAGGACAGAUGCUCACAAUUAUGAGCAGGACUUUAAAAAAGAAAAAAGCAACCAAGUACAGAGAAAUUCAGCUCCUAUGUGGCACGCACCCCCCCCGACCCCCACUCUCCCCUCACCCUGUCGUGCGCACAGACACGCCUCCACAAAGGGGUUGCCUGCUUCUUGUUGCAGUGAAGAUGAAGUGGUGUUUUUUUCAGUUGCGUUUGCAUUUCAAAAUGUUUCAGGGGAUGGGGGGAAUGUUUUGUUCUUUUUUAAAAUUGCUCAAACUCCGUUUUUGUCCUUAACUUGACCACCCAAUUACCUUUCUCUCCUUCCCCUGCCUCCCCAAUUCCUCGUCCACUCUCACAUGCCUAAAACUGUCACCAGCAAAUAAUAAUAAUAAAAAAGUAAAAUUAGUUCUUCAGGUUAAAAAAAAAAGUACACAUAGAUCAAGGAGGGAAGGAUUCAUUUAAGAAAGAAGAAAUAUUAUAUAUAAAAAUAUCUAUAAAUAUAUAUAAAUACAUUUUAAAAGAAAACUUUGUAAAAGUUUGGAAUGUGGAGGGUUUCUAGAAAGAGGUUGGCAAGGAGAACGCCAGAAAAAACACCAAGAUUCUUGAAUGGGGUUGGUCACAAUUUUUCUUUUUAGAUGCAAAGUGUGGAUCUGACGCAGCCAUAGUUGUGCAGCAGGAUUCUCUUUUGUGCUUCUCAUUGUUUUCCCUCCCCACUGAGGGUGGAAGGCUGCUAGUUAGUUGCCUGUGCCUGUACCUGCCUCUUUACCUACCGCAGCCCCCACAGCCUGGCUUAAAAGAAAAAGAAAAAAGGAAUUUAAAUUCAGUUGUCAUGCACGUGUGCAGCAUUCCCCCCACUUUCUGCCAAGGCUCCUGUAGGACUUGGAAAGGAAGAAACAAACAAAAGUGGGGGAAACAUUGAAUGUGUUUUUAAGUGUCUCCUGCUCUCUGGACAUUGUUGCUGGUUCUUAAUUAAUCACUUCCUGGAAAAGGUUCCUUCCGAGGCACUUUCCCCUUGAAUGACCUCCGUGCAAUUUUAUGCACACUUUCCUGGAAAUAAACCCCCCUGAACAUAGUGGGACUUACUUCUAAGUAGUGUGCUAUGGAAACCACUUCUGCUUUUUAAACAAAUGUCAUGUUUCAUGCUCUUGCACUCUUGAUUUCCAGGGAGGAGGAAGAAUAACUGAUGUAGUUCUAAUAUUGCUGCUAUUUUUGCUGUGGCCAUAGACUAAAUGGGGAAUCACUGAAACACACAACUUUUUUGUUUUAUAUCAGAAUAGGAUGAAACGUGCAUGUAUGGUAGACCCUUCUCAGGCCACUGUGCCCCCCACUUCCUGAUUUUAGAAAAAUAGCUCAAUUGCUUUCUGUGCAGGCACACCUUAGAUCUUAUGAUUCAAUAUGCCUAUAACCUUUUUGCAGAAAACCACUCCUCCUCAGGCCCAGACAUUGUGCACUGUGGUCCACUUAUACCUUUCCUUAUCAUGCAAGUUGAGCCAGUAGUAUUAUCAAGUCAAAAUAACUGAGCAGUGGCAAAAGAUGUCUGUUUCACAGGAGUAGGGUAGGGUAACUCUCAAACAUGUGGGAAACAUCAUCUAGAUGCUACACAAAAUCCCCUAUAACAAUCAGUGUUCGUAAUGGAAUAAAGACCUUCCACUGUCUGGAAGGACCCAAAGAGAACUCCAAUUUGGCAGUUUUCAAGUUUUGGGGUUUGUUUUUGGCAGAGUUCUGUGAUAAGUGUUGUUUUUGAGCAGAAAGCUUCUUGAAGGAAGGAAGGGAGGGGUCCAAAAUCCUGUGGUGGUUCAGUGUUUUCACUAACACACACACACACACACACACACACACACACACACACACACACACACCCCUCAGCCCUAAACCUUGAUUCUCAUUUUAAAAUAUUCUGGAAGUAGUAACAUGAAGUUUUGUAAUCCAUCAAACUCUGAAGGAUAAUGUCUUCCCCUCAGUGCUUUAACUCUUUUUUCCACUUUGAAACUAUUCUGUCCAGAAAACAACAAACUCCCCCCGCCCCACUUUUUUUUGUAGGGGGCGUGGAAACAAGCAUCAGGAUCUAAAGAGCUAAUGGUAGGGGCUUACACUAUCUCAGUGAAAUUUUUGUCGUCCCCCCCCCCACCAGUAGCUCACCUGUCUGCCAUAUUACAAACUGCUUGCCAUGCCACAUGGGUGGAGGGAGAGAAGGGGGGCUGCUUUUCAAGAAGAAUGAGACGAAAGACCCCUUGGGCUCAGGGAACUAGUUCCAAAGUUCUUUGGAUCCUGGCUAAGAAGUUUCCUGAUUUAUCUGUAGAUCUUUAAGACACUAAAAAAACUGUGACCAGCUCCAUGACUACGUGUACUGGGAUGGCGGCGAGGGAAUAUCUAGGUGGGGGGAGGGAAGGGUUCCACUCACAAUUUAUUGGGGGUUUUUUUCUGUUGAGAUUUUAGUGGUUUUAGAAUCUACAACAUUAAAAUUUAAGCAAGUUUGGGGGGUGGGGGGUGGGUGGGAAGCAAGACAAUUUUUCCCCCAGAAGCUCCUCCCUCCGUUUGAAGGGCAUGUGCUCCACACCUCUCAGAUAUGUAUAUAAAGCUGUUGUUCUUUCAUAUAAAAAGAUACUGGUGAGUUUAAA